AUGCAUUCGGCCACGACACGCAAGACCCCCGAUGUCUUCGCCAACAGCCUCCGAAAGACCCUCGAGGCCCAUCGGGCUGCCAAUCGCGCUGGCUUGAUCCGCAAAAUCCUCCGGGGCUCUGGCGGCCCGAGAUUCCACCUCAAAGUCGCGCCGGAUAUCAACCCCCCCGUGGAUCCAGCCCUAUCAACUUCAGAAGAUCACAAGUCCCCCGAGCCGGCAUCGGGGUCUAAGAAACGCCAAAGCAAGCGCAAGAGCGGAGACGAUAUCUUCGACGAUGAGGACCACCUCUAUCACGCACAUCUCCGUUGGAAAGAUGCAAUUCAGUUGGCAGGGAAAGACACGGCGCAGACCCCUUGGCUGAGAGAUCUAGAGCUCCCGCGCGCCAGUCCCGAGGUGAUUUUAGACACGGAACUUCGGGCGUUGGCCACAUAUCUCACCCCAACCGCCGAGGAGCGAUCUCAAAUUCAGACGCUCGGGGCCAGAGCAGUCGCCGCUCUGGACCGCGACGUGGUGCCCCAUGCGCCCAUAGUCAUUGGGUCUCAUCGUACCGGACUGGCUCUGGCACACUCCGACCUGGACUUCAUUUUACCGUUCGAAGACCUCCCCCGAUCGCCAGCGCGUGAUCGAAGACCAAGCCCCACCCGGCCUCAAAUCCAACAUCGCCAUAUGAAGCUUCUUCGUAAGGUUGAAAGGGCUUUGCAGAAACACGGUGAAGAGGCCUACGAUGUCUUUCUAAUCGAUAGACUGCACACCACGCUAUCCGCUAUACAAUUGCCAACGACCCUGUUGAUGCAAUUCCACUGUGGCGAGGGAAUCCCUGCCAUCACAGAGUAUCUGCAGGAUUAUCACGCCGAGUACCCCUCGCUCCUGCCUCUGUAUGCCGCAACACGCACACUGCUUGAAGCACAUGAGCUCUUUGGUGAAGUUCGAGAAAGCCUCAGCCCCGAUGCGCUGAACAUGAUGAUUGUGGCAUUCCUGAAAAUGAACCAUGGACGUGACCAGCUCCUCGCUUUCUUGAAGCUGUAUGGCACUGAGAUUGACCUCAAAGUCGUGGGAGUUGCCGUCGACCCUCCUGGUUUCUUUGGCGCCGACAAGGCCAUACACAUAGGCGAGCAGGAAACAGCCCAGCAGCGCGGCCAGCGGUCUCUCCUUAGUGCUAGGCGCACCGCCGCUGCGAGAGGGAACACCCCCGUGUCGAACCGGCUAUGCAUACAGGACCCCACGCAUUAUAUGAAUGACCUCGGUCGUUCUUGUACCCGUGUGUCUGAAGUACAGAGCACUUUUGCAACCGCAUAUGAACGGCUUCGUCGUGCAUGUGAUGAGCAGGCGGACAACCCGAAGACGAACUCGAGUAUUCUUGUCUCAGCUCUGCGGGCCAAUUUCAAGAACUUUGAGAGUGUGCGACGUCGACUCUUUUGGUGGUAG